AUGAACAACUGCACCGACCAGCAGUACUGGGACACCCUGGUUUGCCAGUGCAUCCCCUGCAGCAUGGUGUGUGGGCAGCCCCUGGCCAGGAGGUGUGCUGAGCUCUGUGAGUCCAUGGACUGCAACAGGAGAGAGGGAUUCUACUACGACGAGCUCCUGAAAGAAUGCAUCGACUGCAGCACCCUCUGUGGGCAGCACCCCAAGCAGUGUGCACCCUCCUGUGAAGCAGGUGCCCUGGGGGCCACCCCCCCUGUGGCUGUGCUGGAGCAGAAGUCGUGUGUGGAGCUGGAGCCAUGGCUGGUGGUUUAUCUGCUGCUGGGGCUCUGCCUCUGUGCCCUCAUCUGCUCCCUGCUCCUGGGCUGGACCCACCUGAGGAGGAAGGGGGAGGUGGUCUCCUGCCAAGCCAGCACUGGGACCUGCCACUGCAGGGAGGAUUCCUCCAAGGAUCGGCUGGUGGAAGCAGGCAGUGAUGCUGAUGGAUCUGCUGGUGGCAGGGUCCCAGAGCCAGUGGAAACCUGUGGCUUCUGCUUCCCUGGACAUGGUUCUGCUGUACAAGAAACCAAAUCAUUCCACAGCAGCUGCUGUCACCCGGGGGAAAGGGCUGCUGCCUGUCACACCAGGAUGUGCAACACGGGAAGCGCCGGGGCCAUCCCCAGCCCUGACGACGGCCACUUCAAAAUCAUUUGCUCUCCUUCACAAGAGAAGACCCCCAUGCCAUGACUGCAGCUCCUACACAGGAAGAGGGAGGCUGUGCCCUCAGACCACAGUUGCUUCACCUUCUCCAUCCAGUGACUCUCAGGUUCUACCAGGACUGGUGCACUUGGCACCAUCUCUGCCUGAAGGCUGCAGGUUACAGACAACAUCGUUUUCUUCCACUCAGGGAGUCAAACUUUUUGUUAUUCUUGUACAUUCCCAGUGACAGAACUCACCUCCCACUUAGCAGAGCCUCCAUCACUGCACUUCAUGUCUGCUGACUCCUUCCUGUGUCACUGGGACUGAUGUUCCUCUGGGGGUUUUUAUCC